AUCUGAUUAAUAUUCAUGAGCACGCUUCCGCCAGAGCGUGAUUGAUCUCCAUGGCUGCUCUUUCAGUCAGAAAAUGCGGCGAUAUCUUCGAGUCUUGUUCGUCUGCACGCUAUUAGUCUUCUGCUCGCUGCUCUACAUCUUUAAUCAGCUCGUGUCGUCUCUGGAGCGCGCGGAUCAUCGGGAGCGAGCGCCGCGGACACGCGCAGCGGACACAGGCCUGAGUGAACGCGCGCAGGAUGACAGGUGUAAUUCAGGCUCUGUCCCUCACUGGGAGCCGUACUGGAGAAUCAGCCGUGCUGUGUGCCCAAACCACUGCGUUACGGACUCGGCUCCUAGGUCUGCUCCUCGUGAUCCGCUCGAGCUGGCGGUGGUGGCCUGUGGCUCCAGACUGGAGGAAACACUCGUCAUGCUGAAAUCUGCUGUCCUCUUCAGCCAGAGACGCUUGCGCUUUCACAUUUUCGCAGAAGACGACCUCCACGCCGGCUUCAGACAGGAGCUGGAGUCGUGGCCGCAGAGAUUCCGCUCCAAGUUCAGCUACAGCGUUUAUCCCAUAAGCUUCCCCAGUGAUAACGCCAGAGAGUGGAAGAGACUGUUCAAACCCUGCGCUUCACAGAGACUCUUCCUCCCCGUGACUGAUUUUGAACAGGUGGACUCUGUGCUGUACGUGGACACGGAUGUGCUGUUCCUGCGGCCGCUGGAGGACGUCUGGAGCUUUCUGUCCCGGUUCAACAGCAGUCAGGUGGCAGCGAUGGCCCCGGAGCACGAGGAGCCGCGCAUCGGCUGGUACAACCGCUUCGCUCGACACCCGUACUACGGCAAGACCGGCGUCAACUCCGGAGUCAUGCUCAUGAACAUGACACGCAUCAGAGACAAACACUUCAAGAAUGACCUGGCAGCAGUGGAUCUGAAGUGGGCCGAUCUCUUGAUGCCUCUGUUACACAAAUACAAGCUGAACAUCACGUGGGGAGACCAGGACCUGCUCAACAUCAUCUUCCACCAUAACCCAGAGUCUCUGCUGCUGAUCGAGUGUCACUGGAACUAUCGUCCUGAUCACUGUAUCUACGGCAGCAACUGCAUCAGCGCUGAACAGAACGGUGUUUACAUUCUCCACGGCAACCGUGGCGUUUACCAUGACGACAAGCAGCCCGCCUUCAGAGCCGUUUAUGAUGCCAUAAAGCAGUUCCCGCUGGAUGAAGAUCCGGUGCGUGGUUUGCUUCUGCCGCUGGAGGAGAAGCUGAAGAGCGAUCACACGUACUGCGGUCGAUCUCGACUGGUCUUCACCAGACGUCUGCGCGAGAGCGUCACAGAGCUUCAGAAAGAUCAGGACCGCUCCAGACGAGCAGAGGUUUGAGUUACGAGCCUCCGCUUCAGACCUGAUCAACCUCACAAACCAUCAGCAGCUGACAAUCCCUAAAACACUGACAGACUCCAGA